AACUGGACUGCAGUCAAAAGACCGAGAGGCAUUCAAGAGCGUAAGUAGAAACCCUUGAACGAUUCAAGGGUCUCUAUUACGAUAUCUCAGCCGCCAUAAUGCAACUAGCGUGUCGACUGAAUCAAUAUUACACCCUCGCAUUACGUGUCUAUGUAUAUUAAUAUCACAGUAUUUAAUUUUACUUGGCACAAUAAACAACUGUUGUACGAAAGUGACAAGUUAGUGUAUGAUUUUCAAAAUGUGGGACAUGUAAUUUACAUAAGUUUUUCUAAUGCUUGCGGUGUGCACGAUCAGCUGGAGACACAUACGCGAGAAGUUUAACUUGGAGCAAGUCGGUCAGCAUGCUUUUUUCAUGGGAAUCUGGCCAUUAAAGCAUCAGCGAUGCUGCACGUACGCUCGUGUUUCGUCGAUUUCUAGCGAUCGUUUCUACUAUCGGCUCGUUUAAUUUUGCCGAAAACGCGAAGUACUUUGUCGCCAGUUCAGUGUGGUACGUUCGAAACGUUUUGCGAUAUUAUUGAGAUGACAAUUUAUUACUAAUCGUCUAACAUCGUGGCUCGUCGCAAACUCUACAAUUCCGCACACCGUCGUAAAAUGGUUUUAAAUCGCAACGACAAGAGAAAGAAGAAGGAAGGAGAUUUGGUGGAUCUCAUGGAACCACUCUCUGAAUCCCCCAAAAGGACUAAAGUUCAUGCACAAAGAAAGUUUGCACAAGGUGCAAGCACAGUGUUUAAUACGUCGCCCACACCUGUUAAGGAUAAAGAGAAAACUAAGCCCGCUACAGUCACAGAAUUGAUAACUCACAAGCGUCCAAAUACAGAAGAUUUUCUAACAUUUUUAUGCUUUAGAGGAACAUCCAUUUUGCCACCCAGUUUAAAUUUCUUUAAUGUUGGCAACAAAAAGGAGAAACAGGAACCUAAGCCUGCUCGCAUUUCUACAGAGAAGAUACCAUCUGCUACUAGCACUAACACAGAAACACAGAAACAAGACACAUGCCAGAAAAAUGUGACAAAAGUAAAACCAGUCGUUUCAGAUAAUCAGAAGAAAAAAAUGCCUAGUACGAUACACAAAACCAUUACUAAACUUAAGACAACCGCGUCUACGGUUCAAGCACUAAAAAAGAAAUAUCAGGAGCAACGUCUUGCUAAACAAAGAAUCAAAAAUAAAUUCAAAACCACCUGUGUCAUGAGAACGAGGUCGUGCACAGAGCGAGCUAUGCUGAAAGCAAGUAUUCAAUUAGCACCGAGGAAAUUUUUGCCUAGAAUCGAAACAAAGAGACACGGCUUGAGAAGCGGCGUAUCGCUGGAAAAUAAAACUAAUAAGCCCCUGUCGAAGGCGAAAGUCCCGCCACCCAAACCAAAGAAGAAAGUCAACCUGAAACCGAAAAAUAGCGAAACGUCGAAUACAGAUAUGUCCGAAGAGGAAGACGAUGAGGAGGAAGAGUUACCCGCGGGGAAGUCGACGACGCAGAUCAAGCGCAACAUACAAAAGGGUAUACAAAAAAAGAUAUGUACCCGAAGCAAGUCGGAGAUGAGGAGAGUCACGAGAUCGCACAGCGGCACGAUCUCUUCGCAGAACCUCACCAGAAGGCCCACCAGAAAGACGAAGGAAGCGGCCGCCGUGUACAUGGAGAUUCUUGGGAGAAAAUUGGUGAGCCCGGAUCUGGAGAACGACGACAAUGGCUCGGUCGAGAGCUUUCCCGAAUUGCCGAAUGCUCGUAGAAUAGCGCAAACCGAGAACGAGCUUAAAGCCAAAGUGAAGCAGACAACCACGAGAACCGUCAGUAAAACAAAGGACUCCAAAGUGGGUAGCUUUAGUGGUAACAAUAACAAGCGGCUAGACAACAAAAGCAAGAACAACAAGUUGAUUCUGAAGAGCAAACGUCUGAUGCGAGUACAGAAAUACUGCGAAGAGGAGAGCGACGACGUAUCCGAGAGCUCGGUAGAAACGAGCAAUACGAGACCCAUCACCAGACAGAGUAUCGGGAAAGUUGACAAGCCGAUCAGCAGGAGCUUGAGAUCGUCUUCGAAAAAUGUGACCCCGCAGACGGAACAGUUACAAAGUAACGCAAAUAAUAAGUCGAAGACUCAGGUUCAAAGCAACAUGAAAUCCGUUAGGGAGAAAUUUGUGAUAAAACGUAAACGCGAUCAAAACGUAUCUAAACCUCCUCCUCCAUCCUCGGAAAAGACGGGUGGAUCGAAGCAGAAGAGUUUGAAAAGUGACCGAAAGGAAAAUGCGGAGUCCGAAGAGGAGACCUUGGGUAUGCUGCUGAAUAAAAUCAAGAAGAAGAAGGAGAAUGGCGAGGAGGAGGAGGAAGAGAACACGAACGUGUCCGAUAACGUUAAUAACACGAAAAACAGCGAAGCAGUUCACAGCGCAGUACAGACCACAAAGAUGGAGCCUUCCUUGAAGGUGUCGGACGACGAAGAAUCUUUUCGUGGUUUUACUAAGAAAGCGAUAUCGAAGGUGCUGAAUUCGUUUCAGACGCAUGCCAACGCUAACUUGCUAGUCACGGAGGCUGACGAGAAAUUGAAUCUGCUUAAAACGUUACACGUGUCGCGAGCAGCGGAUCAAGGCACGAGUCGAGAAAAUAAAGAAGAAGCGGCCGAAGCCAGUUCCCCGGUUACAAAUUUGUUGAACGACGAGUGCAGUAUGCAAGACCAGAAAUCAGUGCUGGAUCUGUCGAUUAUGACGCAAAGCUCAUUGAUACCAUCCGCGGAACAAAUCGAUAAGAAGUGCAAUCACGAGAACGAGGUUUCUGCCAAUCUCAUAGACAUGUCAUCGUUGUCGGCCGUGCACACGAGGAAAGAACGGGAGAACAUGUCGACCGAGCGAAUAAAGAAGUGGCUGAACGAAAGCUCGCUUGCCAAGGAAGAGAGCAAACUGGAGAUGGAGAAUGUUGCGACCUUCAGGUACGAUCCUGCCGAGAAACUGAAGGCGGACGUCUCGCAUCUGUCUAUUUCGACGAAGAUUCAGCACUUGGUACGUCCCGUCAACGUCACCCUCUCCAAAUUAACGGACAAAGCGAACGUGAAGGAUCGCGCGGGGAUGCAUAGUAGAAAUGCGAUACCGGUCAUGGUGUCUGAUAACGCAUAUAACGUUGACGUGAAAUUGCAGAAUGCAGCUGCCAAUAAAACCAAGAACAACGCCGAAGCGAAGGAGGUUGUCAAGAGCAAGGGCGAGAAAACGAGCAAGGAUAUCCCUCCUGUCGAGGACACGAGCGAUACCGUGUCCAAGUCGGAUCAGAAUUCAGUGGACGGUUCGAUAGAAAAGAAAUCGCCAACGGAGAAGAAAAUCUUCCAACCGCGGAAGCCCUUCCUGCCUAAGGUCAAGGAACGUAAGACUGUGACCCCGAAUGCGAACGCGUUUUCGCCGGAGAAUGAGAGCAGCGUCUACGCGUUUGAGAGCGACACCGAGAUCCCCAUUAGUACGCCGUUCAGGAGGAAAGUCAAGGAAACUGCAAAAUCGACCACGAUGACGGGUACUCCGACUACAGUAUCCGUCGAAGCCAACAAGCUGGACUCCAAGGACGAAUCCGAGGCAUCGGACUGCAAGGAGAAGCCGUCAAGCGAUGGCGACGCGCUCGCGGAGAAGGAACAGGAAACGCAAGGCCCGACGAGCGUCGCAAACGCGAGUUUAAGCAUGAACAAGUUUGAGCUGCCCAAGAAUUUCGCGAGCCUGACCAGCGUUCAAGUGCUGCCGCUCGAUAAGCUCACAACGAGCUGGAGUAACGUGAACUGCAGUGCCUCCAUAGCGGUGCAGGUGAAUCUUGACGAGACCACGCAGGAACAGGAAAGCGACGCGGGUCAACAGAAGAGCACCGAGAUAUCCACACAGACCGAGACGAGCAACGAGAACGACGACGACAAUGACGGGCAGCUGUUUUACAUUCCGCUGCAGGCAGUCACGAGGAGCGGUCCGAAUCUGGUGCAAGGCCAACAGCUGAUACAGGGCGUAGCCGUUAAGCUCGGUACGGAGGGACCGACCGGACCCAAUCAGAGAGUGCUUCUCCGAGCUAAGCUGGUCACCAAACCGCCGCUGUCCGUGGCACGUUGUCCACCGAUCGGCACGGUGCAGCCGACGACGCGCACUCCUCCGAAUCCCACGGCGAUCACGGUGGAACAGCAAGUACCAUCGACCUCGACGACCACGACUGUGUCGACCACGGUGGCGAGUAUAUCGAGCGCGGAGAAUACGCAGCCGGCACCGACGUCGCCGGUGAAGAACGACGUCCCGGUGAUAAAUCUGAAUCGUCAAACUGUUAGCGCGAGCGCGAACAACUUGGAGAAGCUCAGCAAGUCUCCGAAGUCGUCCAGGGAAAGGAAAACUUCUAUAGAUUCGACAAAAAGUGGCAAAAGGGCGCAAGUGAAGUCCAAGCAGAAAGGAGCGGAGUUGUGCUCUGCGAAUAGCAGCGUGACGUUUCCAAGCGCGAAAAACGAUGAAGUUCGCGUGGUCGAGGCGCCCACGUUCCAUCCGACGGAGAAAGAUUUCCAGGAUCCUUUGGAAUACAUCGACAAGAUAAGGCCGAUUGCCGAGAAAUUUGGGAUAUGCAGAGUCGUGCCACCGCCAAAUUUCAAGCCAGAAUGCAAGGUGUCUGACGACAUGAGAUUCACUGCCUACAAUCAAUACGUGCAUCGCAUGCUUCAUAGGUGGGGCCCUAAUGUGAAGGAGAUGAUGGCCAUUAAAAAAUAUUUGGCUACUCAAAGUAUUACUUUGACGCAACCACCGCUGAUUGGUGGGAUGGAGAUUGACUUACCUCACCUGUAUCAAACGGUUCAAAGUUUGGGCGGGUUAAAAGAGGUAAUCGAGAAGAAGAAAUGGCAGAAGGUGGCGGACGGUAUGAAGAUACCUAAAUCUGCACAGGAUCGCGUUACUAAAUUAGAUGAUAUUUACUGCAAAUAUUUAUUACCAUAUGAUACAUUAUCUCCAGAGGAACGUGGAAAGUUGUUUGAUGAAGUUGAAGCUGAAUGGAUGAAGAAGGAAAGCAAAGUCUUGCAAAGGCAAGAGGCACCGAUUAACGAUGAUGAGGAAGAAGAAGACGACAGUUCCGAUGAGAUUGAAGAGUGCAUCGUGAAGGGAAGAAAUAUGCCGUUGAACGCUUUCUAUCGGAUCGCCCGUAAUACGCAACGCAUGUGGUUCGGCGAAAAUCAACGAGGAAACGAAGCCGAAGGUGCCUCCGCCGGCGAAGUGGAGGGCGCUUUCUGGAAACACGUCGCCGAAAAGAAACGUCACGUCUGUGUACACGCGGCGAGCAUCGAUUCUAGCGGUCGUGGAUUUGGUUUCUCCGUUGCCAAGAACAGUCCGUUUGCCAGACACCCUUGGAAUCUCAAAGUGCUCACUAACAAUGCUGGAUCCGUAUUGAGAGCUUUAGGUCCAUUAAUGGGCGUAACUGUACCAACGCUGCACGUGGGCAUGUUAUUUAGCGCUUGCUGCUGGUAUCGCGAUCCACAUGGUCUAUCGUGGAUCGAGUAUCUACACACGGGCGCGAAGAAGAUCUGGUACGGCAUACCUGACGAGCACAACAACAAUUUCCGGCAAGCGCUUUCCAAGAUGGUGCCGCGAUAUUGUAAAAACAAGACUAUAUGGCUACCGUCUGACACUGCCAUGGUGCCGCCGGAAUUACUAGUGAACAACGGCGUGCCCUUAUGCCAAACCGUGCAGGAGCCGGGACAGUUUAUAAUCGUAUUUCCAAAAGCGUUCACGUCGAGUAUAUGCACCGGUUACGUGGUGUCCGAAAGCGUGUAUUUUGCGCAACCAUCCUGGCUAGAAGCCGCCGAACAAGUAUUUAAAGACAUACAGGACAGUUGCGAACCCUCUAUCUUCUCGCUUGAGAGAUUACUGUUUAACAUUAUUAACGAUACGAGAUCACAUUUGGAUAUAUUAAAACAGAUAUUGCCGAGCGUGAUAAAGAUUCGUGAGAAGGAACUGGAUUAUCGCAAGCAGCUGGAAAACCUGGGACUCACCAAUAGAGAAAGGUUGCCUUUACCAGACAGCGGAAAAGGGAAGAAAGGUAAAAAAGUGAAGGAGGAUGACAGCGAUUACGAGUGCGAAACGUGCAGAGCGAAUUUAUUCGUUUCGCUGGUAAAUAAUUCACAAGACGAUAGUGUUUAUUGUUUGCCGCACGCGUUGCAAUUACUCAACCAAAAGAAGCAGGUCUUAAAGCAUUGCACUCUGAUGUAUACGUACGACGAAGAUGAAUUGGACGAAUUGAUUCACAAACUGGAACACAGGAUCGAAACCAAAUCUAAAAAAACUAAUCAAAUAAAGCAAACUAAGUAAGAAAAAUAAGUCUGUUAUUUUGUUUAUAAAGGAUAAAAAGUUAUCGUUAUAUAUUUAUUCAACGCUAGGAUAAUUGUGAUUAGGGAAUAUUGUAUUGUGUCUCGCUUGUUAUAUUGUAAUAGGAGGAUAUAUAAAAUCUCGAUUUUUAUCUAGAAAAUGCGCAGUAGAUCAAUAUAUAAAUGUGUGAUUUUAUAAAUAAUAUUAUUUCUAUGAAAUAAUUGAUGUCUAUUAUGAUUUUGGAUAUUUCAAUUCAAUAUUUCGGUGUUAUAGUGUAUAUUAUCGAGACGAAUUUUACAUACAUUUUUGCAGUUCAUUUUUAAAAAAUAUCACAAUACCGAAUAUAUAUAUAUUAUUAUAAAUUUCCAAAGAAUUAUGAUGUUUAUAUCCAUUAUCAUAAUUUAGUUUUUACAAUUUACGAUGAUAAAUUGUGAUCACAUCUAUCUGUCUUGUCUAUUGACUAGAUUAGAUAGUAGAAUAUUAGAACUGAGUAAUUGCUUCAGAGUGAAAUAAUAUAUAUAUAAAAUUCUUUUAUAAUUAUAUAUUAUUAUUUAUCGAAGACAUGUUAUAUGUUUAAAAUAAAGCUUGACAAUAGCAAAUUAAGGGAAUAAAAUAAAAAAUUAUUGAUUAACACA